AUGAAAUCAGGCCUCCUCCUCCUCCUGGGGCUCCUCGCCCUCUGGGCUGAGCUGCCGCCUGCCUCUGGGCAGCUCCGUCAAGCGAACGCCAUCUGCAGUCUCCCUGCGGAUCCCGGCCCUUGUGAAGCCUACAUGCCCAGCUACUUCUACAACUCGACCACCCAGAGGUGUGAGCAGUUCAUUUAUGGCGGCUGCGGGGGCAAUGGGAACAGGUUUCCCAAUGUGAACGAAUGUCUCAAGACCUGUGGAAGCUCAGAUUAUCGCCUCUCCCAAGGUGACAUUUGCCUGCUCCCGCCUAAGACGGGCCCUUGCAAGAUGCACAGCCGUCGCUUCUUCUACCACCCGGCCUCCAGGACGUGCAAAACAUUCAUCUACGGCGGCUGCCAGGGCAACGGGAACAACUUUAGAACUCCCCAGGAGUGCCAGCUGGCCUGCAUGAAACGCGGGCCCUGCUGCUUCCCUGUUCCCUUUGGGAGGGGCAGACACCGGGGGCGGCUCUCUUGUGCAAUGUCCCCUCCUGUGACGGCAGUGCCGGGCUGGCACGAUGGUAUAUAA